UAGAACUCGCAGAGCUCACUUCCUCACGAGCUGAGCUCAAGACCCCCCCGCCGCCGGCAGAGACCCGAAGAGAAGGUCGAGUUCAGUCCUUACUUCUAAGAAGAAGACCAUGGAGGUCACUCAUAACCAAAACUGCACCAUCAACAAGAACAUCGAGUGGGUCUUCUUCCCCCCUCUGUACAGCUGCAUCAUCUGCGUCGGGCUGCCCUCCAACUGCCUGGCCAUGUACGGGCUGUACCGCCUGAUCAAGUCCGACUACACCCUCCCGGUGUACAUCAUCAACCUCCUGCUGUCUGACCUCCUCCACAUCGCCACCCUCCCCAUCUGGAUUGACUUUGCCUUGAACAAGAACAAGUGGUACCUGGGCAGUACGGCCUGCUGGUUGGUGAGCUGCAUCUUCUACAUCACCAUGUUCUCCAGCAUCUUCUUCAUGUGCUUCAUCUCUCUAGAGAGGUACCUGGCCAUCGUCUAUCCGCUGUGGUUCCAGAGGCAUCGCAAACUCAGGAACAGCAUCCUGGCCUGCCUGGCAUUGUGGGUGCUCAUUAUAUUCACGGUCUCCUGGUCGGUCUACAUCGGCUUCAGCGUGCGCGGGAAUCACUGCCUGAAGACCAUCCCCACGCCUCGGGGCUUUGCCAUCCUUCAGCUGAUCGUCAUCCCUCUGACCUUCCUCGUGCCCCUUGCCUUCCUCCUCUUCUGCUUUUUCCGCGUGCGGCAGGUGCUGGCCAGCAACUCCUUCAUCUCCCCCCAGGAGAAGAGGAAGAUCUAUGGCCUCCUGCUGCUGAUCAUCAUCAUCUUCACCACAGUCUUCGGGCCCUACCACGUCGUGAGCUACGCCGUCUACGCAGGGACGCUGGUGGUGGCGGACAGCUGCGGUUACGAGGGCCGGCUGUUCCACCUCCUGCAGAUCUCCGUUGGGAUCCUCAGCCUAAACGUCCUCCUGGAUCCCGUGAUGUACAUCUUCCUCCGGACCGACUUCCGAGAGAUCCUGGACUCGGGCUGCUGGGGUCAGGAGCAGGUCAACCGCCUGAGGAACUGGGGGAGGAGGCCCAGAAGAUCGGAUCGAGGCAGAGAAACUGUUCACACUGUGUCUGAAGCCGUGUCUCAGAGAGAUGCGGUCUAGAGUCCCCCGAUACCUCAUCUCACUUUAAUGCACCACCUACAGGGCAUCAUUCAUGCAUAGCAGAGCUAAUCACCUCCCACACAGCUUCCAACAUGGCACGCAAAUAUAUUAUUAUGUAAAAAUAAUGGAUAUGCCAGAGC